AUGUCGAAGAGACCCAGUAUCUUCGAAAAAGGAGAGAGUUACAAGCCGCCAGAGAGACCAAAGACCCCCGGCGCAUACGAAUCAUCGACCUUAACCAGUCACGACGAUGCAUUCGUAGGAGACGAUUCCAAAGACGAACUUGGAGAAAGAACUCCAACUCCAAUCAGAAAUCUUCCUAUUCAUGAACCCCCACUAUUCAUGUUUCCAAAGGACUUAUUGAGAGCCAGGGAGAUAUACGAUAAAUUCAAGCCUUGUGACGGCUAUGAGAAGUACAUUGAUACCUUUUUUCAAUACAAGAUCGCUGAGUACGAAAACGAUGGACUUACGGAUGCUGACUUACAAGAGCUUGUUUACGAUGAUUUCGUUCACCUUAAUAGGGAGCAUCUAAACUAUGUACAAAAGAGAAUAUUACUUCGUUUUCGUAAACUAUUCCGCCGAUAUGGUGUAUACAUCAAUAUCAAGAUGAAGGUCGAGAGUGCAAUCAUAGAGGUUCUUUCUCGCAUUGAGCAUCACGAAUGGAUAUACCAUCAACUUAGAGAAUAUCAGAGAGAUGAAUCACAACCUUUUAUAUCUGCAAAAUGGACUAAUGUUCCGGUCGGCAUAGGCAGCAAGACAUUCGAUCAAACUCGAUCUGGUGAACGCAGCAGCGACCAUCCUAAUGAUCGACAAGCAUCUACAGCACCUGUAGCACCUACAGCACCUGCAGCAUCUGCAGCCACUACAGCACCUACAGUACCUGAAACCAGUACAGCGCCUGAAGUACCUGAAGCACUUACAGCAACUGCAACGAGGGAACUACCCGAACCUAGAUACCGACGAGACGGCCUACAUAGACAAACCGGACCACCUCCAUCCGAUGGCGGCGACUCCAGUGAUCCCGAUGAUUCGGAUCACCCCAACAACGGCAACGGUCACGGCAGAGGCAACAAAGCACCAAGAUGCGAGAGACCUGGCAAUCGAAACAACGACCGAAGUGAUGCUAGGUAUCAAGUACAACAAGACAGUCGUUUACUCAUCGAUCUUUCAAAGAUAUAUAGGGACAAUGAUAUGUAUAAGGGGUAUGACGAUUCAUGGGACCUCAAAGUUUCAAUCUUCGAUGAGCACUGCCAACGGGUUUCUCUACCAGAUCGUCUACGCUAUAAAGCAUUUCCCACUAUGCUUUCGGGUGCAGCUCUUGAACAUUAUCAAGCCAAUAUCACCAGCCUUCCUGACUCUUACCAAGGUUUGUGCAGAAUGAUGACACUGAAUUUCGAAGGGCUUGAGCAUCAACGCAACAUGCUUGUAAAAUGGACUAAUAUUUCGUUCAAAUCUUAUAUUCAGAAAGAUCCUACUGAAGACCUCCAAGUAGUAUUCAACAACAUGGUCAUGGAUAUCCGACUACUUCAGCACACCAUCCCAGUUACCAUGCGUAAUCCCGACGUAUAUCAUAUGAGAAUUAUGACGGCGUACGAUGGUGUUCCCGAGUGCUAUUCUGCAAUCUGUAACCCUCGCAGUACAACAACAGAGCUGAUUAACCAGAUCAAGCAGACUAUCGACUCCUACCAGAAGACAUUUCCGAGGAGAACUAUACCUACCGAAGUCUUCCUUACAGAUCGACGCUUCUACAACAACCCCAGCAACCCUACUCGAAAGCUAUAUGAUAAGUACAGUAGGUACGACAGAAAGCCAAGGCAGACAUUUACUGCACCACCCAAUCGAAGCAAAGACGACUGCUACUUCCCUGGCUGCAAGAUAAAGAGAUGUAGAUAUUACAAGCACACUCAGGAAGAGAAAGAUCGUGUUAAGGGAGAAUACUGCAACAAGUACAACAACCUCGACGACAAGAGCUUUAAGACACGCUACGAUCAUUUCAUCACUGACACAGGACAAGGAAGCGACAAUGAUGAUAGCGAUGAUGAUGAUGUUGGAGAUCAGCUUAUCGAUUAA